GCCAUCUUUGGUCUGGAUUCCUGCCGAGCUAAGGAAAUUCACACUAUUCCUAAAGCUAUGACUCGAAUCUCCAGCAUAUAUGUCCUGAUAUCACGGAAGCACAAAAUGGAUACAGCGCGGAAUGUCAGCAAACAGCUCAUGAAUAGUUCUCGAGUUCAUGGCAACACAUCUUUCCAGACCACACCUUUACACACAAGAAUUGUAUCAAGAAUCAAGCCUGACUGGGUGCUCAGGAAAGAUAAUAUGAGGGAGAUUGUGGACCCUUUGCAAGCCAUCCAGCUGGUCAUGUCAACCUUUGGUUUGCCC